AACAAACCAUCAUCAAAAUCAAAAAUGUCAUCAAAUCAAAAGAAAAGAACUAAAAACGAUCAAGAUCAAGCUCAUUCAUCUGCUAAAAGAAACAAACCUUCAUCUUCUACUCUUUCUUUCCUUCCACCUAAAGGCGAUUUAUCCGAUUUGGCUAGUCAACCAGUUCAUCAACUUCAACAACAACAAUAUCAAGUUUCAAAUGGAGCUCCUUCAAAGGUCGCUUCCGCCGAGGAAAUCGCUCGAAAGCGUGCAGAGAUCGCGGCCAAAUUUGCGUCUUUCAAAAACCCGUCUGCUUCACUCAAUCGUCCUCAAGCUGGUCUAGCCUCCACUAUUGUUCCUAUUGGUUCAACUCCGAUGUUAUCGGCUCCUAAUAUCGAUCCAAACUUGGCCAAAAAAGUUGCAGAGGCGCGAAAGACAGUAGAGGAAUUGGCUGCGAAGGCAAAGAAUCCGUAUCUAUCUCAUCCAUCUGCACCUGCCGAGCCCAUCGGAUCUGGUGCAACAAGUGGUGUUCAUCCACUCUUGAUGGCACAAGACCCAUCAAGCUCAUCUACUUCUUCUGGUCUCAAAAAUCGUUACAAGCCUAUGGUACCCAAAUUUGCCACAGUCAAAGCCAAUGCAAGACCUUCACUUCCAUCUACAGCUUCUUCUUCAAAACCAGAUUUAUCAGAAGCCUUACUAGUAGAUGAAGAAGCAGUCGAUCAAAGAUCUAAUCCACAUUUCGAUCGAUCACUUGCUGGUCCACUUGGUGAUCCAUCAGGAGUACAUCGAGCUAGACCUGUUAGAGCAUUGAGGUUUAAUCCAAAAGGAAAAUUUGUUAGAUUGGCUGAACAAAUUAGAUCUGAGGCUAGAUUAGAAGAACUUAAGAAACGGAUUGCUGAGAGUUCUAGGAAAGCUGGGCUGGAUGGAGAAAUCGAAGCUGUUGAAAAACAAGUUAGGAGACCGGCACCACCAGAUUGUGAAUGGUGGGAUGAAGAUUAUCUACCGAAUCGAACAUAUGAUGAUUUAGAAAGUGGAGAAGCAUCCAAACUAAUCAGAUCAUCAGAAGAUUCGCCCAUCACACUUUAUAUUCAACAUCCAAUCCAACUUCCAGGACCAGGUGAUCGAAAUAAAGUGGAACUUAAACCACUUAAACUUACGAAAGCUGAACAAAAGAAGAUGAGAAGACAAAGAAGAAUGGCAGAGUUACAGGAUAAACAAGAUCGACAACGAAUGGGUUUACUUCCUCCUGAUCCUCCAAAAGUUAAACUUUCGAAUAUGAUGAAAGUUUUAACUUCAGAUGCAGUAGCAGAUCCAACUAAGAUUGAAGCAAGAGUAAGAAGAGAAAUGUUGCAAAGACGAAAAGCGCAUGAAAAAGCCAAUGAAUCAAGACAACUGACAGAUGAACAAAGAAAAGAAAAGAUUGAAAAGAAGAGGGAAGUAGAUGAGACGCGUGGGAUUUUUACAAGUGUCUAUAAGAUCAAGUAUCUUACUAAUCCUGCACACAGGUUUAAAGUUCGAAAGAAUGCAGAACAACAUGGUUUAACAGGAGUCUUAAUCUUUAAUCCACGUUUCGCCUUAGUAGUAGUCGAAGGAGGAUCGAAAGGGAUUCGAGCAUAUAAACAUUUAAUGUUAAAUCGAAUAGAUUGGACAGAAGAACCAAGAGCGAGAUCACCGACAAAUAUCAAUGGGAAUGAAGAAAAAGGUGAAAAAGGAGAAGGAGAAGGAGGUGAAGAGGAAGGCGUUCCGAUCAGUUUGGCUGAUAAUAAGUGCGAAAUGAUUUGGGAAGGUGAAGGUAGAGAAAGAAGUUUUAAAGAGUUUAGACCUAAGAAUUGUCCUUCGGAUUCGAUUGCAAAAGAGUUUUUGGGAUCUAAACUUGGGUUUUGGGAUGUGGCUAAGAAAUGGGGAGAAGAUACGGUUGGAUGAUGAAUGAUUUGUUCAAUGUUUGUUGGGAGUGAGAUUGUGAUCAUCAAAUAUUAUGAUGGAGAGAAAUCGAAAACUUUGGAAGAAAUGGAUCAGAGCUGAAUAGAAUGAUUGAUCCAGGAUUUGUAGAGAUUUGGUGUUAAGACUAAGACAUUCAAUUGUGACUUUGUGACUUUGUAUGUUAUACUUUGAUUAGACUUGAUAAUCAGCGGGUUGAGUGUAGUGAUGUGGAACAAAUUGAAUCAUUGCAUUAACCUGGAAUAAAUGAAACGUACACUUGAAAAAUGAUUUGUUUGAAGUCUUUUGUAAAUUUCAUGAAUUUUGAAUUGAC